AUGGCAUCACGCUUGAGGAACAAAUAUGUUCCUCGACAAUACAAGUCGAUGAUGUUCCUUAGUUGGUUAGACCUCCGACAGGGCAAGAUGCCCGUCCGAGACUACAUUCAAGCUUUUGAGGAGUGCCGCAUGAGGUGUCGCUUUGUCGAAGACUCACGUGUGGUUUUGGGCAUUUUCACCCACUAACUUAGUCCACGGCUUCGGAACGAGCUGUUGAAAAGCAACCCGUCUGAAGUAGACGAGGCCUACCGCAUAGUUGAGCAUAUGGAGCGACCCGCCGAGGACACACAGUUCACCCCACCUCCGAUCACCACGAAGAUCGUGUCCACGCAAUCUGCACAGACACUGAUGACAGCAUCGAUGCGUACUAGCAUAGGGAACAGACGGACUACACCGGCGACAUCAGUAGGGUCUGCACCACCCCCGCGUCCGCCACCAGCUGACGCAUCCGACUGUGCUACGGCCGCGUCCCAAGCCCAUAUCACUUGUUUCAAGUGUAAGGGUAAGGGGCACCGGAUGAGCCAAUGCCCAUCUUCGAAUCUCCUCAUAGAGAUCGAAGAAUUGGGUAGUGGUUCACAUGAGGAUGACGACCCUGUAGGCGAUGAUGUCUACAUUGUUGACGAGGGUUUGGCCGAGGAGUGUGAUUGCACUCCUGAAUUGAUUGGCUACAUCCAGAUUCGGCCAGCCACCGUACCACCAGCCAAAGCUGCCUCUCCCGCUGCCUCAUCGACGAGCACUUCAUCGAGGGGACUGGUCAGCAUCGCUGUCCAGCGUCCAUCUUGAGACGCAGUUCCUACACCAUAGCCAGACACCACGGCAGCUAGAGAGAACACCCCGGCACCAAGGAUGACUAUGCCCACAUCUUCACCUACGACAGACGGUUCCUUUCGCACGUCGAUCUUCUACACCUAUGUGAAGAUCAACAGACACGUGUGCAAGGUGAUCGUGGACAGCAGCAGUUGCGUCAAUGCCGUGUCAGACCAGGUCUUGCAGAGGGCAAGGCUGAGUACUAUCAGCCAUCCAGCACCUUACGACAUAUUGUGGAUAGACGUCACUGCACUACCUGUUCGUCGAUAGUGCCAAGUGCCACUUAGGGUGAGCACCUAUGAUGAGCACAUCUUGUGUGAUGUCCUUCUGAUGAAAAUCGGCGGCAUCAUACUUGGACGGCCUUGGUUGUUUGACUAUGACGUCCAAUUCAUGGGAAGAGCAAACACUUGCUCUUUCAUGUAUCGAGAUCGCCAACUUGUUUGGUAUCCGCAUACCAACAAGCCCACGUCGAAGCGUGACCCUAAGUCACGUAUUGGGUUAAUCGUGAUGAAGGGACCUACCUUUCAACACGAGAUCACGUCGGACAUAGAUGGAUCCCCGAUGUGCUUUGCUCUCGCUUUGGAUAUGCAAGAUGACACGACCCUUACCCCCCCUUCUCCAAAAGUCAAGGGUAUGUUAUUGGAGUAUGCCGACGUACUCCCCAGAGGAGCUUCCCAGAGAGCUGCCUCCAUUGAGGCACAUUCAGCAUGCUAUUGACUUGGUUCCCGGAGCAUCACUCCCGAACCUGCCGCACUAUCGCAUGGAGCCGACCAAGUACGAGGAGCUUAGCCGACAAGUACAAGAGCUUUUGGACAAGGGACUCAUCCAGUCGAGCCUUAGUCCUCGCGCCGUGCUUGCAUUACUAGCGUCGAAGAAGGAUGACACUUUGCGCAUGUGCUGCGACAGUCCCGUGAUCAAUAGGAUAACGGUUAAAUACCAUUUUCUAAUCCCGCGAUUACAGGACUUAUUCGACAUGAUGACAAGAGCCACUAUCUUUUCAAAGAUAGAUCUACGUAGUGGUUAUCAUCAGGUCAAGAUACGCCCAGGGGACAAGUGGAAGACUGCCUUCAAGAUCAACGCGCCCAGUACAUUCUAGAGGCUAAUGAAUGAGGUUUUACGCCCAUUCAUUGGCAAGUUCAUCAUAGUAUACUUCGACAACAUCUUGGUCUACAGCGGUACCCGAGACUCCCACCUCCAGCACUUACGAUAGGUGUUUGAGGCACUUCGACAAGAGAAGCUUUAUGCCCAUCCUAAGAAGUGUAGUUUCUUCACUUCUGAGGUUACGUUCCUCGGUUUUGUCAUCUCUAAGCAAGGAGUUUCUGUGGACCCCGAAAAGGUCCGCACAAUAGUCACCUGGCCACAGCCAGGCAGCAUGCAUGACAUCUCAAGCUUCAUUGGACUAGCGACGUUCUACCGUUGCUUCAUUUGAGACUUUAGUUCCGUUACCGCUCCGCUUACUGAUUACCUCAAGAAGGAGACCUUCCUUUAGACAAAGGUAGUUGAGCGGGCCUUCGAUCGAGUGAAGGCUCUUAUCACUCAGGCACCAAUACUUCACCUACCCAACUUUGGCAAGGUAUUUGAGGUCGCCUGUGAUGCCUUGGGCGUUGGUAUUGAGGGUGUCCUUAGCCAAGAAGGUCAUCCCAUAGAGUAAUUCAGCGAGAAGCUGAAUGACGUGAGGCCUAGAUACUCCAUUUACGACUGUGAGUUUUAUGUCGUCAUUCAAGCUCUCAAACACUGGCACCAUUACCUCCUUUAUAAGGAGUUUGUGCUCUUCUCGGACCAUGAGGCCUUGAAGUAUCUACACUCUUAGCGGAAGCUGAGUGAUCGACACGCACGAUGGGUCGAGUACUUGCAAGACUUCACCUUUGUCCUUCGCCACAAGAAGGGCAAAGAGAACGUGAUGGUAGACACCCUCAGCCAACGAAUCCACUUGCUGAACCUCGUGAAGGUUUAGGUGACAGGAUUUGAGUCCCUAUCGGAUUCUUAUGCAGAUUGCCCAAACUUCGGCCACGUUCUACAAGCACUUUCGGAUGGUCCAUCUUUAGAUCAUAAGGACUUCCUUGUGGUCAAUGGAUGUCUGUUCUUUAGGAGCAGACUGUGCAUUCUAUGCACAUCUCUCCGUGACUUCCUCACUUGGGAAUGUCACGCGAGAGGUCUAUUCGGCCAUUUUGGUCGCGAUAAGACCAUCGCAGCGGUUGAGUACCAGUUCUACUGGCCAACCCUCAAGCGCAAUGUAGGGAAUGUCGUCACUCAGUGUCGAGUGUGCGCACUCGCCAAGCAGGUAAAGAAGAAUGCUAGACUCUACACACCACUUUCAGUGCCGACCUGCCCAUGGGACGACGUCAGCAUAGACUUUGUUUUGGGACUCCCGCGCACUGCACGACGACAUGACUCGAUCAUGGUGGUCGUCGAUAGGUUUUCAAAGAUGGCACACUUUGUGUCAUGUUCAAAAACCUCUGAUGCCUCCAAGGUCUCUAGUACUUUAGAGAGAUUGCACGCCUUCAUGGACUACCCAAAUCCAUAGUCUUAGACCGUGAUGUACGGUUUACCAACCACUUCUGGAGGACUCUUUGGAGCUUACUUGGGACUAAGCUCAAGUUCUCCACUGCUUACCAUCCACAGACUGAUGGCCAGACUGAGGUCGUCAAUCGUAGCUUAGGGAAUCUGUUUCGAUCAUUAGUCGGCGAGAGCUUGACCACUUGGGAUUUGAUCAUACCAUGCGCCGAGUUUGCCUAUAACUCCUAGACCAACCGUACCACUGGCAUGAGCCCCUUCGAGAUCACACAUGGCUUAGCACCCCACAAGCCCCUAGAUCUAGUACCCUUGGACCCUCAUGUUAGAGUUUCCGAGGAUGGUGUCGCAUUCGCCUAGCAUGUUAGUCAGUUGCAUCAGGACAUUCAUGAUAGGAUACAGAGUCAAAAUGCAUUGUACAAGCAGGCUGCCGAUAUGCAUCAUUGA